AUGAACUCAUCUCCAGAGCGGAAUGCAGCUAGCGUAGGAAGAUCAUGUUUUGUGUGGCCGAGUGACGGUGCGCGAGAGUGUCGACGGUCGGGCACAAUGAGUGCGCCGCAGAAUUGGCACAAAUGGCUAGUGUUGUCGUUGCUGGGAUUGGCUUUGUCCGCUCGGACAAUUGGUUGCGAUUACAGUUCCAUCACCGAGAAAUUUGGAGCGGAAGCUGUGUCGCGAUGCAACGAAAAAUGCCCAUUCCAGAAUCGCACCGGCGAGACACACUUCGACGUGAACUGUGGAUCGGACUGCAGCGUUCAACAAUGCAGAAUAGGAUGCGGUCUUUGGUUGGAAGGAUUAGAAAUAUCUUGCCAAACGGCUUGUAAUGUCACCUCGGAAAUGGCUCUAUCCAGAGAGCUAUAUUGUGUUAUGGGAUGCAAUGAAGCUCUCAAUACGUAUUUUCAAAUGAUACGAGAUCUUAUAGGCACACCUCCUGCACCAGCUCUAGUCGCUGAUAGUUUAACAGCGACAUCACUUUCUCUAGUUUGGGAGGCCCCGAAUCUUGGGAACCUGAGCUACCUUGUACAGUGGCGAUACGAAGAACUUCCUGGCAGUUGGCAAUACUACUCUAAUUCUAGUCGCUCCGAUAAAUCCAUCAUUAAUGUUGAGAAUUUACGACCAUAUACGAAAUAUCGGUUUCGCGUAGCAAUAUUCCUCUCCGGUCGCAGCAGUGCCGGCGAGCCGGUAUACUCAGCGCCGUCCGUAGUGAUCUCAACGCUAGAGAGUGGCAAGCCGAGUUCUGCUCCCACUGCACUUAGAGCCGCGGCUCCGGAUCCUAGCCGGGUUGCGAUAUCCUGGGAGCCGGGACCCUUUCCUAAUGGCCCUUUGAUAUCAUAUGUACUGCGGCUGGCUGAUACGCAACCGAAUACGGAUGUUCUAGAGGACAUGCCGGCGUCAAACAAAACAUUGUUUUACAUGUUUCAAAAUUUAGCACCAGCGCGGGAGUAUGAAGUUUCUGUGGCGAUGCGUAACGCAGUUGGGGAAGGCCCGAGAGCCUAUGUGCGAAUAUCUACCCCACCCCUACCUACUUCAAUACCUACGCAACAACCGGUUCUUAUUUUGGGAGGAGAGCACAAUAUACUCGCUGCUUCUGCUAAUGACAUGCUUUCAGACCCCAUAGAAUUAUAUAGCACAGAUCAUAAUAUUACAGGAGUGGGUGUUGACAUCUCAAGUAAUUCUCUAUUCAUAUCUGUGUCCAACGGAUAUGUUUAUAGAAGUUCUCUAUCGAAAAAGAACGUUCCAGAAGCAAUUUUGACACCAGAUACCAUAUCUUACAAACCUCUAGAUCUUUCUGUAGACUGGUUGAACAAGCAUUUGUAUAUUCUUGGUGAAGUUCACCACAAAAAUGAAGGAAGCUUAAAUAACGCGAGUACGUAUCCGACUUGGGAAAUAUCGCGUUGUGAUUUCGAUGGAAAAAAUAAAAUGUUCACAUUGGCUGGAUUCCAUUCGCGCCCGAUACAUUUUGAAGUUGACGCUUAUAAUGGAUAUCUGUUCUGGGCAUUGCGUGGUAUGGAGCGAGGUGGUCUAUAUAGAAUCGAUUUGGCAAAUAUUUUAAACGGUGUGCGAUACGAGGCGUCACCAGAACUCAUAGUGCGAGACGCACAUUUGGGAGCUUUUACUGUGGACCACGCUGAUUUUAGAUUACUGGUCGCUCAUUUGCGACGAAAUACUGUGCUGGCAGUUUCUUUAGAUGGGCGCGAAGUAACCGACUUCCGUAGCAACACGCAAACGCCAAUGUUCUUCUCACCGCGUUCAAUCGCGUACGCCAAUGGCCUUUUCUAUUGGACGAACGGCAAAGAAAUGCUCACGGAGGAGUAUCACGCGAAAAGCGAUAGUUACUUCCACAACGAAUACCCUGUAGCUUACAAUACUAAGACUAUAGCGACGAGACAAGUGCUUGUUGCUUUACGAAGUUGUCAACCGAUACCUGUGCCGGUUAAUCCGCCGUUGGGAGUUCAGAGUGUGAUGGGAAUCAAUAGAGCGAAGGUGUCCUGGUCUCCGCCACACUUGUUGGGCCAUCAGGGGAGUGGGGCUUGGCAGCAGUGGACAUUCCACUUGCAGUUGACGCAUGUGGGCACGGGGAACACUAUUGAUAUAAAAGAUAUAAAGGAAUCUACGCGUAUUGUUGAAAAUAUUGAACAGGAUACUGAAUAUGUGGUCAGAGUUGCUGCUGUGACGCAAUCUGGUUCAGGUCCUUGGUCUUCAGAAUUUGUAGGAAAGACUUUGAAAUCUUCACCAACGACUUUACAAAGCACUUUGUUGUGGUCAGGUCCGGAUGGACUUUUACAGACAGAUUUAACUGGAGACAAUUUACAAACUUUAAUUCAUCGACGCGAUCUCGAAAAUCUCAAGAUCAUAGAUAUAUCCUGGUAUCGAGAUAAACUAUAUUUAGUUACAAAUGCAUCCACUGUUAUGUGGUAUAACACAACGACACGCAAGAGAGACUUUAUGCCCAAUAUGGAAAACGUUGGAAGUUUGGCUGUAGACUGGGUCGGCAAGAAGAUAUAUUGGUCUAAUCCGAAACAACAGCUGAUAACACGUGGUAACUUCGACGGUAGUAAUAGAGAGCCAGUACCCAUAGUCACUGUGGCUAAAGAGCUCACAAUCGAUUCUUUGGGAGCCUACAUAUAUUGGAAUACAGGACAUGCUGUGGAGGCUGCGAGACUUAAUGGCGAAAAUAAACUUAUAUACUAUCCUGCUCAAUUAUUUAGCGGAAAGCAAGUGAUGGGUCUCACAGCAGACUUAGAAAACAAAUGGCUCUACUGGCUCGUAAGAAGCUAUGAUGGUUCCGAACUGCAUAGAGCAUUAACAGCUGACAGAAUUGCUCCUGGCGUUUAUGAAAUUUCCGGAACGCUAGUAAGCCGUUUAUCUGGUACGGCCACACUGGGCCCGCUAUGCUACUUUAGUGGCAGACUGGUGUGGGUGCAGGACGCUGCUCGGGCCGUUGUAUCUGAUCUUGCAGGGAAAUAUACUGCGGAGCUUAUACCUAGAGUGCAUGUUAUUGCUGUGCGGGAUCCGACGCUGCAUGAUGGGAGUGAAUCAAUAAUUGCGAUACCAGAGACAAUAAAUUCAUCGUCAAUCGCCGUGGAAGGAGAAUGGGAUAAAUUCAAUGUGACUUGGGCACCCGCCACCAGGGUUAAUGUGAAUAAUAGCCGCGUGUACUAUGAUGUUAGCUUGCAGUUCCCGGGACAGUACAAGAUUGAGAAAACAGUGGAGGUGCCGUAUAUAACCGUGCGGUCUCGUCGUAUCGAACCGUACAGUGCGGUGGAGGUGUCGGUGCGUGCGCACACGCAGUGGGGCGGCGGGCCGGCGGGCCGCGCGCGCGCCCGCUCGCCCGCCGCGCCGCCCGCCGCGCCCACCGCGCCCAGGCUGUAUGUUCAACCCGCUAAUAGCGGCGGCGCAAACCGCGCGACAUUCCGCUGGCACGCGCCGCUCCGCAGCAACGGCGCGCUCCUGGGCUACGAGGCGCAGUGCUGGGCGCUGGCGGGCACGCGGCCCUCCGCGUGUGCGCCCGCGCGCCUGCCGCCCGCCGCCACGCAGCUCGUGCUCACCGACCUAGUGCCCGCCGCUACGUACUUCUUUCAGGUCCGUGCUUAUACUGACGCUGGAUAUGGCCAGUAUUCUGAAAUUGUAUCAGCUUCGUCUGAUGAAAUUAAUCCUAUUCCAAAAGUUAUGAUAUCAUCACAAGAAUCAAUCAAAAUUGUCGACUUGGAUUCAAAUGAAAGUGAAAUUAUUCCUAAAAGUACAGGAGUGCCUAUUGAUUUUGCUAUAGACAUUGAAGAAAAUAUUGCCUACUGGGUUAACAAUCUUGAAGAAAUAUUUUCUGCUAGAAUCAACGGCAGUGGACAUUACAAACUUACUUCAACGAACGGUAAAGCGAAAAGCAUGUGCGUAGAUUGGGUCAGUCGAUCUAUAUACUGGACGCAAGAAGAGAACCCAUCUCUUGAAACUCAUAUUUUGUACCGAGCUGACUUGGGUCUUCCUAAUACCAGGCCGAGUAUCACGAGGGUAUUGAAGAGAGAACAAGCAAUGUAUAGUUUACAGAUUGUACCGUUAACGCGGACUCUUUACUGGUACGAAGAAAGUAAUCACACCGGAUUUGGAACUCUUAUGACCUCGAAAAUAGACGGUUCUGAUGUUAAAACGUUCUUCAAUAAUUCAGAAUACACCGAUUCAGACUCUUCCUUCAGAGAGGAAUGUAGUUGUCCAGAAAGUCCUCAAAUAGCCAAAACGUUUGUGAUUGAUUUAACAAGUGACAUUGAAAUUUAUUGGAUCGAUCCUUGGUCGUAUAGAAUUAUUGCAUCAGAUAUUAAAGGCUGCAAUUGUAGAGUUGUCGUGGACGCCACCGAGAAAAAGAAAUAUGGUUUCGUGCCUAUGUCCAUAACGGUUGACAGUAAAUACGUAUACUGGUACAACUCUUCAGACAGAUCCAUAUUUUACACAAACAAAAUGAAAAAGAAUAAAAUUGAACAGGUCAAAUCUUCAUUCGGGUACAAAAUAAUGGCCUUAGAUGCAGCGAACCAACCGUACCCACCGAGGCAAUGUUUAUUUCCGAACGCACAAAAGCUUAUUCCGAAGGUGUUAUCGACCUCAGCGAAUAGCAUAACAAUACAGUUGCCAUCCAUAACAAAGCCGAGCCGAUGUAGCGAAUUGGAAUAUGAAAUGACAUCUAGUGAAUACACAAUAAUGUACCGCUUAUAUUCAAAUGACUCUACUCCUUGUGAUAAAGAAACUUGUUUGCGUAUAACUACAACGGAUUCAGAUGUUGAAAUAGCGGGUUUAAAGCCAUUCACUAAUUACACAGCUCAAAUAGAAGUGACCAAUUACUAUGCGAGGUUACAUGAAGUGAAGCCACUCUUAGGUCCUAUGCUAUUGAUGCAGACUGCUGCAGAAGCACCAACCGCACCUAAAGACGUGAUCGGUACAGUUCUAAGUCCGGUGCUAGCUCGUGUAGAAUGGACACCAGAGCCUGGCUUGUGGUACGAGUUGCACUGGAGAACUGAUGAUUCGCCGUUUUUACCCAAUCGUUUGAAAGAGCACAACACGUUCGAGGUGUCGUCGGGCGGGCGCGCGGACAUGUCCCGGCUGUCGCCCAGCACCGCGUACACGGUGUGGGUGCGCGCGCGGUCACGCCACUCGGCGGUGUCGGCCGACUCGCUGCCGCUGCGCCUGCGCACCUACCCGCCGCCCGACCCCGUAGCGCUGGGCCGCACGGGGCCGUAUCGCAUGGUGGUGGCCUGGCCCCCGCCCACUGCCUAUAGAGUGCAUCGAUAUGCGGUAGAAUACAUUGAAGCUAGUGGAUCAAGCGAUACGUGGUUACAAUGCGAAGAAACCGGCAAAGCUGAAUGGACAGCGAAAGACUUGAAACCAAAGACCCGAUACCGUUUCAGAGUUUGUCUGCAUUAUAUGAAAGACUCUCCGCCGUACUAUUGGCCACUAGAUGAUAGAUACACAUUUGAAACUGAAGGCGACGUGCCGGGCCCGCCGGGCGCGCUGCGUGUAGAGGCGGUGGGCGACAAGAUGCUGCGCGCGCGCUGGGCCGAGCCCGAGCCGCACGGCCUGCCCGUCACACUCUACCGCGUGUGGGGCCGACCCGCCAACAGGGUUAACUAUGUAGAAGACAAUUCGACGAGAAACAUAAGCGAGCUGUCAGCAGAUUUGCCAAGUGAUAUAGAUGACGAAAUGAAAAUGCGCAUUCUUCGCGAAGGACUUGAACUACUUUAUACUGGACCUGAGUCGUACUGGCUGGUUGACGGUCGGCAGAUAGCGGGCGCGUACUGGGCGCGCGUGCAGGCCCGCAACGCGCGCGGCUGGGGCCCGCUGUCGCCGCGCGCCGAGCUGCUGGCCCGCGCGCCCGCCCGCCCGCCCACCGCCGCGCUCGCGCUGGCCGCCGCUGCGCUGCUCGCCCUCGCGCUGCUGGCCGCUGCGCUCUUCUAUACCUACAAUAAGCGGAGUAAAAAGAAAGCAGCUCUAGAAAAUCAGCUAACAUCGCCGGUUUUGCGAAGAGGGCCAGACGUCGAACUGGCGACUUUACGCCAACUACCUAUUAGACAUUCCACUAAUAUUCUAUACAACCAGGGUGUACACUGUCCAUCGGACGCAGAAUUAGCCGCAUUACCGCAUAUUCGGCGCGAACAAAUCACACUUACUAAGUUCCUUGGUUCCGGGGCUUUUGGCGAAGUGUUCGAAGGACUAGCCAGACAGAUUGACAAUAAUGCUGGCAACACUAAAGUUGCUGUUAAGACUCUACGAAAAGGUGCAACGGAGCAGGAAAAGACGGAAUUCUUAAAGGAAGCGGCACUGAUGUCAAACUUCAAACACGAACACAUCCUGCGACUGCUUGGAGUGUGUCUCGACAAUGAUCCCAAUUAUAUCAUAAUGGAGCUUAUGGAGGGAGGAGACUUGCUCAGUUAUUUGAGAGCUAAAAGAUCUUCAUUGGGGACUCCCGAAUCCCUAACCUUGCUAGAUCUUCUAAACAUGUGUGUUGACGUCACAAAGGGAUGUCGAUAUCUGGAAGAGAUGCACUUCGUCCAUAGAGACUUGGCGUGUCGGAACUGCCUCGUGGCGUAUCGAGAUGGUCGCAGAGUUGUUAAGAUUGGAGACUUUGGACUCGCUAGGGAUAUAUACAAGAAUGAUUAUUAUAGGAAGGAAGGGGAAGGUUUACUUCCAGUACGAUGGAUGGCAGUAGAGUGUUUAGUGGACGGAGUGUUUUCGUGUCAGUCAGAUGUGUGGGCUUGGGGUGUACUCUGUUGGGAGGUGCUGUCGCUGGGCGCGCAGCCGUACCCGGGGCGCACCAACCGGCAGGUGCUGGGCUUCGUGCGCGCGGGCGGCACGCCCGACCGACCGCCCAACUGCCCCACGCAGCUGUACGAGCUGCUCCAGAAGUGCUGGAGCUACAGCGCGGAGGCGCGGCCGUCGUUCCGCGAGUGCCUGUGUGCGGUGACGUCACUGCGCGACUCCGCCCCGCGCGCCCCGCUGCCCCCGCCGCCCGCCGACCCCGCGCACCACUACCUCACGCUGCUGGGGGACGAUGCUGUCGACAACCGCACCUAUCUGCUCGACGAGAAUGACAACGCCUGUUUAGAUGAAGACUUCCCAGAACAACAGAUGGAACCAUCGCACUUGCUGCCGCAGCGGACACCGAAAUACUUAGAGCUCAUGUACGACAGUGACUCGCCGUCCGGCACAAUAUGCGACGGCUACGAAAUACCAAGAUCUCCGCUCACAUACGCGCCAUUCUCGCGACAUUCCAUAGUAGGAGUAGCACCCAAUAGGCUAAUAAAACCCCCCUUGUACAGAACUCAUUCGCUCAGAACUAACGUGAGGCCGCCAAACGCCACAAUAAUCCCUCUCAGAAACGGCAUCGUGAAACGCGCGUCUCUGUGCGAAGGCGUGCAGAGUUCCUUCACGAGAGAGCCCAGACCGAGCUCGUCCCAAUCUCGACAAGAAGACUUCGACAAACAUAUAUUUAAGACUCCAUUUUAAACUGUGAUAUUAGGCAAUUUGUAAUCAUUAUUCCACCGAACUAUUCGCUUAGUGUUUAAAUUAAAUAUUUAUUUAUUUAACGAUUUGUAAAUAAUGUCUCGUUGUAAAUAUUAGUAUAGGGUAGGGGAGUUGGGAUUGUUGAGUACAAAUCAAAGAUGUUUUCAUAGUAAUGCAUUUAUUUGUAAACUAUUAAGAUAGUAUCUUAUAACAAUAAAUUUAUGUACGAUUC